AAAGCGGUAUCAGCUGAAAGGCAUAACUGUUCGGGUUGUACAUUUUGAGUUAUUUUUCCAGCUGACGCAUUCCUUGUCCAAACGGGUGCAAGGAAUAAGACGCUUAAUGCAAAUGUCCCAAAUAAAGACAGGGGUUGUGUAAACGAAUAUAUGAUAAUAAUCGUAAAAGGGUUAUAAAAAAAAUUACAAAGGAAAGAAAAAAAUAAACUGGUAAUCGAACGAGUAAAAAAUGAUGAAAUCAAUCGUGCCGCUGCUUCUCCUGUUGGCGCUCGCCUUCACCCAAACGGUUAGACUUCAAAUAAUGAACGAUGUCCCUUUGAUCAAUUACCAAAUGGUCCCUUCGCAAAGAUGGAAGGUGUCCGCAAAGGAGUUGGUGAAGUUGAAGGAAAAAUUGAAGACCUUUGUGGCGGCAGAAAUUCAGAAAGAAGGAUCCAUUCUGCUUCGAAAGUAUUACAAGGAAUUUUACACGUCAGAUGAACAAGCGGAUGAAGCCCAGUCUGGGGAAUCUCCCCGGGAAAAGGAAACUGAGGAUACGCCUCCCUCUGAAAAGGCAGAAAUGGGUGACGAAGACGAAGUGAGUAACACCUUCGAUGUAAAUGGUCCUAUACAAUUAAUUUAAAUUUUGUGGAAAGGAACGAAGAAAAAAAAAAAAGGUUAAUCUCUUUUGUCACUGCGUUGUGCUGUUCGCGUAAAUAUAUACGUGCGGCUCUUGUUUAGUUCCAUUUGUUUUAUUUUUUUAUUUUAUUAUUAUAUUUUUUUUUUUCACAUUUUGAUACAUUAACGUGUUAACAGUGUGGCAUGCAAACGUUUCCACAUGCUGAUGUUUGUUGACACUCACUUGUGCCGUUGUGCUUAACUAUAUGC